AUGUUCCUCCCCCCGAUCCUUCGACGGCUCUUCUCGGCCUCGCCCAUCGUCGCGCCGCUCCUGCUCGCCCUCACCGUCAUCACGCUCUUUGUGGGCUUUAGCGGCGUGCACCAGCACGUCGUCCCCACGGCGUGGGUGGGCGGGCCGGGCGUCGGCGGCGCCGUGCAGGCCGGUGCAGUCGCGGCCAACAACAACGGCGCCGGCAUCCCCACCCCGGCACCCCCCGACGACGACGACGACAACCGCCUGCCGCCCGCGUACGCCGCGUACUUUUCCGACCUGCAGCUGCCUACCGAGCUCGCGUCCGUGCCCGUGCUCGGCGCGCGGCUGCGCGCGUUCCUCCGCCGCCCGGUACAGACGUACGCCGAGGCGCGCGAGGGCAACGACGCGCACUGCCCCGCGGCGCUGGCGGACCGUCUCGUCAACCCGGACCAGCUGCGCAACGAGGGCGCCUGGUGGGAGGCGCUGGCGGCGGGCGAGGUCGUGCGCCGCCGCGCGCAGCUCGUGGGCGCGCUCGCGGACGUGGACACCACCGUCCGCCUCCUGGCGACCCUGCGCGUGCUCCGGAAACUCGACGUCGACCUCCCCGUCGAGGUGUUCCAUUACCCGGACGAACAGGUCAACGACGGCCAGCGACAGGAGAUUGAGGAGCUGGGCGGGACGCUCGUCGAGGCCACGGGCGUGACCAAGACACCCGGCCAGUGGAAGAACUGGCAGAUCAAGCCGCUGGCGCUCAUCCAGUCGUCGUUUUCCGAAAUCCUCUAUCUGGACUCUGACAACAUGCCCCUGCGGUCCCCGGUGCACCUGUUCGACGCACCAAACUACGUCGCGGGCGGACGCGCGGCGUUCUGGCCCGACCUGUCCAAGGACCACGCCAAGAACGCCGUGUGGCGCGUCAUGGGCGAGGCGUGCACGCUCGCCGAGUGGACGUUUGAGAGCGGCCAGCUGGUGGUGUCCAAGGCCGGAAACCAGGGGCUCAACCUCGCGGCCCUGCACAUCGCCGCGGCGAUGAUGGCCGACGACGCCGGGUCGCCGCAUUCCGGUAACGGCGACGACGACGACGACGCCGCGCACCUCUCGGCGCGCGGGUUCUGGCUCAAGAUGUGCGGUGGCGACAAGGACGCGUUCCGGUGGGCGUUCCGCGCCCUGGACAUUGGGUACGUGCCCGCGCCGCGGUGGAUGUCGGCUUUGGGCUUUUUGAACGGCGCCGACGGCCGGUUCUGCGGGCACACGACGCUGCAGCACGACCUCGUCACUCCCACGGGUUACACGGCGCCGCCGCCCCUGUUCGUGCAUGCCAACCUGCUCAAACACCUCGGCGGCGGCGGCGGGUUCGGUACGGGUCCGGGCCGCCAGCGGCUGUUCUCGCACGUCAAGCGCAUGGCGCUCGACGACGCCGGGAUUACGAGCCUCAACUACGCCCGCAUGACAGUGUACACGGGCCCGCGGAACAUGUGUCUCGACCUCGGCGUCGAGGACAGCGCAGAGGCCGCAGAGGGCCUCGGCGAGAACAAGGUCGAGACGGUCGAGGUGGCGGACCUCGAGGGCAACCCGUUUGACGGCUUUGAAGACUUGUUCUUUGCCGCGGGCGGUAAAGUCGGCGGGUGGUAG